CUGCCCAUAACGAAGUAGCACUAAAACAUCAAUAUCCAUUUACGACAGGAGUUGCAAGCGUUUGCAAAUAAUUUUCAAUAAUUCUUGCAAGAAUUGACAUAUUUUGCAUUAAUCAACAAUGGCACGCGUUCAGGAAUCAAGAUUUGCAGCUUUAAUGAACGAUGACAAAAAAUCUGACAAGCAAAAAAAGAAUAAAAAGCCUCCGCAGCAAAAUCAAAAUCAGCAACAACAACAAAGCAAACAGACAAACAAGAAAAAUAAAAAGAAGUCUAAAGACCAGGGUCAAAAUAACAAUGACCAAGCCACAGGUAGACAGCAUCUAUCCAGUGUAAAUAGUAAUGAUUCAGUCAACGAAAAUACUAAUAAUGUUGAAGAAUGGAAUCAGUGGGUUUCACGAGAUGCUGAGAACACAGAGGAAGCUUAUGAGAAAGACUUGGAAGCAGCAUUAUUGCUGAGUAAACUAGAGAUAGAAGAAAAAAAACAUCUUAAAAAAUUAGUUAAAACCACAGAAAAUGGUAAAGCAGAAGAAUCAAAUCAAAGUAAAAAGAAAAAGAAAAAAGUGAUGAGUUUAGAAGAGUUUAAAUCAACUGAUUUAGAACACAAAGAAUCUGAAAAAAGUGAAAGCCCUGACCCAGUGACCCCGACCAAAAAAAUCCCCCCUCACAAAGCCAAUGAUAAAUAUUUUGAUAAAGUUGAAGAUGAUGUCAGUAAAAUUCUACGAAAAGAAAAAAUUCAAGAAGAGUAUAAAAAGCACUAUGCACAAGAAAGUGUGAUGGCAUCAAAAUACCAGGCAGUAAUAGAAGAAAAAUCAGAUGAAAUAUCAAAAUUAAAAGAACAGUAUGAAAAAUUAGCGGAAGAACAUAAAAAGGUGAAGAAGAGAAACAAACAGUUGUGUUUUAUUUUAGCUGAGGGAGAAAUGAAAGAUAAAACUGAAGUGUUAUUACAAGUAGAAGAAUUAAGUCAUGUUAAAGAUGAACUGACUGAUCAGAUAUGUUUUUACUGGGAAGUAGCUGAAUUAACUGCUGAGCUAGAAAAAGAAAGAUCUAAAGUUCAUUCAUUGAAGUCGGAAUUAGAUAAAGUGAAGGGCAAAGGAAAGUAGUGAAAACUGCUGAAUAAUGACAUCUAUUGUGGUUUCCUGAUAUUAUUCCUGGACAUUCUAUACAUUGGUGCCAUAUAAUUGUUUUCAAAAGUUUUAAUGCUUAUUAGGUUACAGAGUUGCAAACUUCACCUGCAAGGUUUGAAACAGGUUUAGAAAAAGAGCUGGCUAAUGCCACUGUCUUGGCAAAAUUGCCCUCAUGGCCCACUGCAUAUUGUUGCCAAUCUUCAUUAGCUCAUAAAGUGCAGAAAAGUAGGCCUUAAAACUCCAUUCAUUUCAUUUUUUUUUAAACAAAACUAAUUUCUAGUUAUUACAUUAUUUUAAAUGUAAUUGUUUCAUAUCUAUGUUACUUGAGAAAAACUGCUGGUCCUGCAGUGUUCAAAGAAGUUAUUUUUAUAUAGAAUUAUAUGUUCAAUGCUGAAGUGAUGUCAAGUCUUUAAACCAAACAUUAUUGACCUCCAUGCACUCUCUGGUGCAGGAAUAUAUUUGCUUAAUUCACUAUGUUCUGACAUUUAAAAGUUUUUAUUUGUUUUGUUAUGUUAAUGUGAAUAAAAACAGUAUUUUUUGAAUUCACAAAUAAAUAGUUCACAGCCUCAAGGG